UGGAGGCCUCCAUGGGUUGCGCGACCGUUGCUGGCCGAGAGUAAGGGCGUCCGUUGGUUAUGGAAGGGGAAGAUCCGGCAGGGGUUCGAGAGGCUGAUGGCAGCCCCCGCGCUCUUUCAAAGGCUCAGGAACAAGAACAAGAACAAAGUUAUGACAUAGGUGAAUGUUAUAAGUGUCAAGAUGAGAACAAAAACCUACAUGCUAAACUGAUGGAGGAACAAAAGCAGUUAUUAGAAGACUUGCAAAAAAAAGUGGAAACUACGUUUCAAGGGGAGCUGCAGCUAGCUGAGGUCCCAGAUAAUCUUAAAUUGGAAGCUAUAAGACUAAGUUCAAAUAACAUAUGCACAUCUCAGAUGGAGCUAAUGCAAAUGAAUCUGAUAAAGGAGAAGGAAACUGCCUUAAUGGAGCUUCGUGAAAUGCUCAAUGAUAAGCAUGCUCAAGAAAUUGCAGUUCUGCAAAGUCGAUACCAUUUUGAAUUGGAGCACGUAAACAAACAGAAUCAGAAAGAAAAGGAAGAAAUGGUUUUGAAACAUCAACUUGACAUGGAUAAAAUGAAGAAGAAAAUAAGUCUGGAAAUGGAGGAGAAGCAUAUUCACAUUUUGGAGACUCUUAAAAAGGAAUGGGCCUUGAAUGUAGAUGUCAGUUUAAAAAAUGUAUCUGAAGAGUUAUCUGUAAAACAUCAGGCUGAACUGAACGAGCUGAAGCAAAACUUAACAGCAGAAACUGAAGAAUUAAAGAAAACAAUGGAGACACUUUCUCUUGAAAAAAGAGAGGCUGCAA